GGGUUUGUUGUCAUUUACAUGGAUACGGGGUGCUUCAUCCUGUGAUCCUGUGAUGCUGCGGCGCUAUCAGAUGAAGAUCUUUUAGAAAAAAAUCACAUUAAAGUGUGAUAAUGAUGGACGAGAGCACAGAGCUGUCUGUCUCUAUAACGCAGAUAGUUCAACGGCUCAAAGGGACUCAUUUACACUCUCAGCUGGAGAAACAGGCUAAAGAAUGUAUGCACAAACCCGAAAUUAAACUAGAAACACUGAAAGAUGAUGUGAGAAGAUUGUUAAAGGCAUCAGGUUGGGAGAGAAAAUUACAAAAUGCAGUUUACAGGGAAUUACACAUUCAGCCGCCCCCUGGGAACCCCAGAGCACCUUCUGAACACACCAAAGAGCCCUUGGCAUAUAUGCGCAAAGCCCAGUUGAGCUGGGAGAAGAGGAUCCUGAAGAGUUUGAACAGUAUGUGCACUGAGUUGGGAAUCCCACUGGCACGGAAGCGUCCCGUCCUAGAGCAGAAAGAGCUGACAAAUAAAUGGAACGAGAUGGGAACUGAUGAACCAGACCUAAGCAAAUUCAGGCCUGUCUACGCACCCAAAGACUUCCUUGAGGUGCUGAUUGGUUUAAGAAAUCUGAAUAACGAUCGCAGUGAAGAUCUCACAGUAAGAAGCAACUGGGGUUUAAUCCAGGUUUCCCUCAACGUCCGUGACAUUCCUCAAAUGAGGGAAACGUAUCCAGAACUGGGUCUUACUUAUGGGCAGCUUGGUAUAGAUGAUCACACUCAUGUUCCCCCAGAUUUGUUUGAGAGUGAGCACAUUCUCAUUGGAAAAAAAGUGGUGAGCGAGCAAGACAGUGCAGCCGCACAGCAGUACAGCAGGCAGGGCUGCCCCACGGGUCUCAGGGCCCAGUUAUGGACUCUCAUCCUGAAUACAACUGAUGAUCCUGAGGUCAUAACACAUUAUGAACAGCUGAAGGCCAGAGUCAUACAUCAUGGCCUGCUUGUGGACAACCUAAUAUAUAAGGAUGUGAAGCUCACUGCGAGUAAUGACGAUUACUACUUUGUGUUUGAGGACUAUUUAUAUCAGGUCUUGCUGUGUUUUUCUCGAGACACUGCAGUCCUUGAGCAUUUCAACUACAACAGCGCUACGCCACCUAAAUCUCGCAUCCAAAGCAAGUCUGGCUCAGAGCAGUGUGCUGUGGUUUACCCCCCAAAUGGUGUCAUCCCAUUUCAUGGCUUCUCAAUGUACGUGGCCCCUCUGUGUUUCUUAUAUAACGAGCCAUCUAAGCUGUACAGCGUGUUUAGUGAGAUGUAUAUUCGCUAUUUCUUCAGAUUACACUCUAUCUCCUCACAUCCAUCUGGUAUAGUGUCUCUGUGCUUGCAGUUUGAGAGGUUACUGCAGACUCAUCUUCCUCAACUGUUCUACCAUCUACGAGAGAUUGGAGCCCAACCGUUGCGUAUUGCCUUUAAGUGGAUAGUCCGAGCCUUCUCAGGAUAUCUGUCCACUGACCAGCUCCUGUUGUUAUGGGACCGUAUCCUAGGAUAUGGUUCCUUAGAGUUAGUGGCAGUCCUGGCCGCUGCAGUCUUUGCCUUCCGAGCCGAAAACCUAAUGGAAGUGACAUCACUGGCAUCAGCUGAGGCUGUUCUUGCUGACCUCUCAACCCUGAAGGUGAUGCCCUUGCUGCAGAUCUUCCUCUUCGCCACUUCCGUCUGAUGAGCCAUUUGUGUAUUGGUGGCUGGAUGUUCCAGUCCAUUUUGAUUUCAUGUUCACUCAAAAUGGAUAUUUCACCCACAAAUGAAAAUUCUGUCAUCAUUUACUCACCCUCAUGUCAUUCCAAACUUGUAUGACUUUCUGCCUUCUGCAGAACACAAAGUAAGAUAUUUUGAAAAAUGUUGGUAACCAAACCAUUUUGGUUGACAUUGUAUGUACAAAAACAGACAUUUCUCAAAAUAUCUUCUUUUAUGUUCCACAGAAGAAAGUCAUACAGGUCUGGUAUGACAUGAUGGUGAUGCCAAAAUAACAAUUUUAAUUUUUGGGUGAAGUGCUCCUUUAAGUAGCAAUAUGGCAAUAAAGUGACUUUCCUUUUCACCUAACAUAACCAAUUCCUCUAAGUUAUAAACCCUCCCGUCUAACCGUCUUGCUCCAUUCUGGUAUGUAACUGCCUCUCACAAUCCACUGAAUUCCAAAAGGAUAAAUUAAAGGUCCAUCCCACUUUCAUCCUUUUUCCACAGAAAUGCAUUCGAUUACAGGAGUAUAAUGAAUUGCCAAUGCCCCAUUUUAGGUUGCAUUGCAUUCAAUGCAUAGUUUGAACUGUAAUAGUGACACAUGGGACAGAAUAAUAAUAUAUAAACCAUAUGCAGUGUCAUUCAGUCUUUAUUAUCUUAAACAUUCCUUUUUAAAUAUAUUCUUAUUUAUAAAUGUUAUGAAUGUGUUGAUCAUGCCAUAUUAUCACUGCUAACCUAAAAGAAUACUAUGUAACUCCGAGUGUUGUUAUUGUUAAUUAAAACUAAAUCUAUUAAAAAUAAUUUUUGUUAAUCUACUGCCCUAGUGAAAAUAAAUAAACCAAAAUGUAUUUGAAAUACAUUUAUUUUAUGCUAAGUAUACUACAAAUACAUAAUAUAAAUACCCUGCAAUUGUACUUUUGGUAUACUAAAUUGAUAUACUUAAAGUCUUCUAAAUUGGAACUACUUAUUUUGUACUUAAUACACUUUAGUUAUCCGGAAGUAGUGCUGAGGUCCAACUAAAGAUAUACUGAAGUAUAUUUGAUUGUGCUAAUAUGAAACUAUUGCAAGUAUACUUUAGGUACACUUUAAAUAUCUUGCAUUUAAAGACUGAUAUUAUACAGCGAUCAUUCUAUCCUUACUAAAAGUGAUAGUAAAACACAUUUUAAGUAACUUUAAGUAACUUAAUUAUAAUAUUUAUAUCAGCAAGUCUCAAGCGAUAUGUCAGUAAAUAUGUUAAUAGAUAUAUACUAAAUAUGAAAUAAAUGAAUUUUAAAUACAUUUUUUUUUUACUAGUGUGAUUAAUCUACUGAUGACUUAGAAUUGAAUGGACAUGCUGUGCUUGAUGCCACAUAGCUAAAUAUCAUGAAUGAAAAAUCAGUAUGGUCUUCCAUGAAAAUGAAGUUCAUUUUGUAGGAUAUUUUAGAUGUUAAUGGUUGUAGUGUAAGUUUUAAAGAUUAGGCCUUGUCAGGAUCUUUGGCAUAGUGAAAGUCUACUCCGGUUAAGUUACUCUUGUUAGUCCUUUGGCUUAGUGCCAUGAAUUUGGAUGAGAAUUUAUCACACUAUGAACAUAAAUAUAAUUUGGAUGACAGAAGCAGUACUGAUUGAGAUGCGUGUUUUGCCUUUCAUAUUGGCAUAAUGGCUGUUUUGUGUGACUAAUAAUAAGCCCAGAAUUUGUUACACUCCCUGACAUCACCAAAAAUGUUAUUGAUUUAUUUGAAAGGAAAUGCAGUUAAUUUAUUCGGUGUGUGACUUCAAAAUUAUGUUCUUUUGUCAGUAUCAUCUGUUUGUAUUGAGAACGGGGGACACUUUACACAUCUCUGCAUGUGCAAUAAUGUAACAUACAUUUAGCUUUUUUAUGCAGAUUCGCAUGUUAAGAAUUGCCUAAAAUACAUUUUAAAAUGUUAAUUCAAUAUUCAAUAAAAGCUGUACAUUCUACACAUGA